AUGGCCACUUGCUGGCAGGUCCUGUGGGCAUAUCGCUCCUACCUGACUGUGUUCAUCCUGCCUAUUCUUCUGCUUCCUCUACCCAUCCUCAUCCCUGCCAAGGAAGCCUACUGUGCCUAUGCCAUCAUCCUCAUGGCAGUCUUCUGGUGCACUGAGGCUUUGCCUCUGGCUGUGACUGCUCUCUUCCCCAUCAUCCUGUUCCCCAUGAUGGGCAUAAUGAAGGCCUCUGAGGUCUGCGUCCAGUACUUCAAUGACACCAACGUCCUGUUCCUGGGGGGGCUGCUGGUGGCCAUUGCCGUCGAGCAUCGGAAUCUGCACAAACGCAUUGCCCUCCGUGUGCUCCUCACCAUCGGGGUGCGGCCUGCUCUGUUGAUGCUGGGCUUCAUGUUGGUCACAGCCUUCCUGUCCAUGUGGAUCAGCAACACAGCCUCCACGGCCAUGAUGAUGCCCAUUUCUCAUGCUGUCCUUCAGCAGCUGCACAAGUCACCCAGGGACAGGGACAUUGAGGAAGGCAGAAGUAACCCCACCUUUGAAUUCCAGGAAACAAGUGCCGAGAAGAAAGUGACCAAACAUGAUAACAGGCAGAUCCACCCUCUCCCACCCGGUUCUUUGGAAUCAAAGACAAAUAGGAUCCAGAAGAACUAUAAAUUUUCCCAGGGCAUGAGCCUGUGCGUGUGCUACUCAGCCAGCAUUGGGGGCCUCGCCACACUGACUGGUACCGCACCCAACCUGGUGCUGCAAGGCCAGGUCAACUCGCUCUUCCCAAACAAUGUCAACGUGGUGAACUUUGCCUCCUGGUUCGGCUUUGCCUUCCCGGUCAUGGUCAUCUUGCUGCUGCUUACCUGGAUAUGGCUUCAGAUCCUCUUCUUGGGGUUCAACUUCAGGAGGAACUUUGGCAUUGAGGGACAGACGCAGGAGCAAGAGCGCGCAGGCAUCCAAGUCAUCCAAAGAGAGCACAGGCAGCUGGGUCCUAUGACCUUUGCAGAAAAAGUUGUCACCUUCCUCUUUCUUGUUCUGGUGCUGCUCUGGUUCACCCGGAAGCCGGGCUUUUACCGCGGCUGGGGCGAAUUGAUUUUUACUGAUGCUGAUGGAACAAGCAUGGUGUCUGAUGGGACAGUGGCCAUCUUCAUCGGCAUAAUUAUGUUCCUCAUGCCCUCCGAGAUCCCAGGGCUGACUCAGGACCCAGAAAGACCAGGAAAGCUGAAGGGCCCUCCUACUCUUCUCAACUGGAAGACAGUGAACGAGAAGAUGCCCUGGAAUAUCGUGUUCCUGCUGGGUGGUGGCUUUGCCCUGGCCGAGGGCUGUGAGGCAUCGGGCCUGUCAUAUUGGCUGGGGAGCAAGCUGACCCCACUGAAGUCCGUGUCACCUUCCACCAUUGUUUUUAUCCUCUGCAUCACGGUUGCUGCCUUCACUGAGUGCACCAGCAACGUGGCUACCGCUUCACUCUUCCUGCCCAUCCUAGCCUCCAUGGCCCAGGCCAUCUGCCUCCACCCUCUCUAUGUCAUGCUCCCCUGCACUCUGUCUGCCUCCUUGGCCUUCAUGCUGCCUGUGGCCACCCCACCCAAUGCCAUCGGCUUCUCUUUCGGAGGUCUCAGAGUGGCUGAUAUGGCCCGGGCGGGAUUCAUGCUCAACAUCAUCGGUGUGCUGGUCAUCAUGCUGGCUAUCAACAGCUGGGGCAUCCCCAUCUUCAACCUGCACACCUUCCCCUCCUGGGCCUACACCAACUCUUCAACCCACUGCCUGGCCAGCCAGCCAAAUACCACCCUGUCUAAUCUUUAG